AUGCAGCGCCCUGGCCCGCUCUACAGCACGGGACUGCUCCUCAACGGCGACGACUACCACGUCGCCGUGCACGACGUCGAGCCCGCGGGCGUCGUUGUUGUCGCCACCCAGACGGCCAAGAACCUCGUCUUCUCGCGCAAUUUUACCAAGCAAGAGCUCACGGCCGCGGGCUUGACCAAGACGCCGCUAGACUGCGCCCGCCUCGUGGACUCCCUUCUCUUUGUCGUUAGCCCCACGCAGGAGCCGCAGCUGCACUCGACGAUUUCAGGUGUGCGGCGACCCGACCCGAUUGCGAGCGGCGCGGCUGCCGAAGUGUACUUGACGACAACGCGCGUCGGGACCGAGACGUUUCUGGACGUGCUCCAGCGCGGCCUCAUCGUGCUCUGCAAGGAAAAGCCCAUGGGGCUCAACGCGGUCGCGAUGCUCGGGCAUUGGCUCCUCGAACACAACCCGAGCCAGCCGCUCGUGUCGAAAGCAUCGUCGUAG